GCGCUGCACAACAUGGAGGACAGAGACUAGUUAGUAAAAUUACAGCUAUGCAGCAGGGAAUAACGGCCAGAGUUAAUAUUAAGACACGAACGUAGUGGAAUUCAGUUAAAAGGCAGGUCUGAAAUCCACAGGGGAGGAUGUUUUGUGUCCAGCUGCGGCCAUGGCUUCAGCCUGGGGCUCGAGUUUGUGCUGUUACUCAGCAGUCCAUCCAUAAACUUGCUUCGCUCCAAAAGGCCACAACGCUUCCCCCAAAGAAGAUGCAAGGCCUACUUUACCCCUUUAGCAGGCUGGAGGGUUAUCUGGACAGGUCUGUGGACAAAACACAGUUCCAGCUCUUUCAUCCAAGUUUGGAGGACAUGGUUGAAGCAGAGAAGCUCUUCUGCCCUUCACCGUCUCACAAGAUUGAUUUCUACGUUUCUGCAGAGCGGAUGGACCAUGUACCUGCACUCAAACAACCAGAGGUGUGUUUCAUCGGCAGAAGCAAUGUGGGCAAGUCAUCUCUCAUCAAAGCUCUAUUUUCCCUGACUCCUGAGGUAGAAGUCAGAGUGUCCAAAACCCCAGGUCACACAAAAAAGAUGAACUUCUUCAAAGUGGGCAAAGCGUUCACCAUGGUGGACAUGCCCGGCUAUGGACACAAUGCGCCGAAGGACUUUGUGGAUAUGGUGGAGCCUUAUCUUUACACCAGGAAAAAUCUGGUGAGGACAUUCCUGUUGGUUGAUGGCAGUGUCGGUUUGCAGAAGGCUGACCGGAUUGCUCUGGAGAUGUGCGAGGAGACAAGGUGUCCAUAUGUGAUGGUGGUGACUAAGAUUGACAAAUGUGGACAAGGAACGCUGCUGGCGAACUUGCUCAGUCUGCAGGAUGUGGUUAAAACCCAGACCACAAGCUGCUUCCCUCAGCCGUUUCUGAUCAGCUCUCUACAUUUUGAGGGGAUCUACUUCCUGAGAUGCUUUAUUGCCCAUGUAACAGGGAGAAUAAGAGUCAAGGACACCUGUCAAAGCUGAUGAGAAACCAGCUCGAGUGGAAAUGGGACUUGGCAGAGAAAUGACCAUAACACCUGAUGAGUGCUGUGACUGGUAUUUCUUUGUCUGUUGAUUGACUUUUGCCCUGUACACCGUUGGGCAUGCUUUAAAAAGUCACUUACUGUCACUGUGCCGAAGUGUAACAGCCCCGGCUGCCUCACGGACUACACUGACAGCGAUGAAGUGCUUCAAGAAGUUGGUCGGAAGCAACAUCUGCUCGUCUCUAAACCCUCUGCACACCACUGAACACCCUGGUAGCAGAUGUGGGCACUGUGCUGUUCAUAAAUGGCAGCUCAGCAGAAUUGUCAGAGUUGAAGAGUAACUAAGCAGAUACGGUUGGUUUUUAUUUCUAGAUUUCUGCAAGUGCUGAGGUGUGCAGAAGUGUUCUGUUUUUCCUACAUAAGCACUGCUUUCUUAAGAAUCCUUGUUAAAGUUUUAACUGCACGUGUCACGACCAAAAUAUUACUUGAAGUGUUGCCAAAUUUCCCAUUGCAAACCUGUACCCUACUAUUUAUGUUUUGUUUUUUUCUCAUUCACUCAAUGUUGUCAUAGGGAGAGAAGUUAAGAGAUGAUGGGGAAACUGACCUCAGUGAAAAUUUAGGUACUGACUGCUAGGAGGCAUUAAAUUAAAUUCAUGCCCGUAUCAUACCCUGAUGCAGCUAAAGAUUGCCCCAAGAGCUCAACUAAACCAAUGCAAUACUCACUGACAUACAGUACAUCUCAAUGCACAGCCCUCUUGCCCUUCAUAUAAAGGCAAAUUUACAGAUCCCAUAUGUAUGUGUUGGUCACAUCCAAAACUACAAGUUUAUACUAAAACCUUUUCAACAACCUCUCCCGUUGUUUUGUUGGGAAUUUUUAGAGUUGUGUCAAAGUCAUGUCUCAUUUAAAGGAAUUUAAAGGAGCAAAGUGGAGAUGUGAUAGCCUUCACAUUCAUAAUGAUUAAGUGGCGGUCUCCACCGAGCUUCACAAGAUGUACAUUAGACAAUUUUUUAUACUAAAAUUGAAGAAAAAAAAAAAAGUUAAACACACUUUGGAACCAUACAACAAUACAUAAGGAUCUUGAUGAUCCUUGAGGAGGCCAAGAGGACCAAUUCAAACAGCCUCUGACUGACUUUUCUUUCUUUCUUUCUUACCUGUUUUCUGUUUCUAUGUUUUGAAUCAAAAUAAAAGUAUGUAUGUGAUAAUAUA